AUGUCUUCUGUCAUUGAGCCAGUUAGCAAUCCAUCUGAUGACAUACGGUGUCGGAUCAAGGGUUUGGAGAUCACCUAUAUCCUUAUUUAUAAGGUUGUCACAAUUAUUUCAGAAAAAUGUGAGGCGCGAGGCUGCUGCUGGAGCCCACUUACUCAAGGCAGUGCACCCUGGUGUUAUUUCCCAACAAACUAUGGGUAUAAUGUUCAAGGAGGAAGAAAGCCAACUUCAGCAGGUUUUGAGGCAGAACUGAACAGAAUUUCCAGUCCAAGUCUCUUUGGAAAUGACAUUGAGACUGUACUUCUUUCUGCACAAAUCCAGACUGCAAAUCGCUUCCGCUUCAAGAUAACUGACCCGAAAAAUAAAAGAUUUGAAGUUCCUCAUGAACAUGUAAAAGAAUUUACUGGAAGCCAAGCUACUUCUCGAAAUUAUGAUGUGGAGCUGUUGGAGAAGCCAUUUGGCAUUAAAAUUAGAAAAACCUCUUCUGGCACAUUAAUGUUUGAUACCACUAUUGGACCCUUGGUGUAUUCUAAUCAGUAUUUACAGCUUACAAUGAAAGUUCCUAGCAGUAAUAUUUAUGGAUUGGGAGAACAUGUCCAUCAGAAUUAUCGUCAUGAUGUGAACUGGAGGACCUGGCCUAUCUUCACCAGAGAUGCAUUCCCAAAUGGGGGAACCCAUAACCUGUAUGGACACCACACAUUUUUCCUGUGUGUUGCUGAUCACUCUGGGGAAUCUGUCGGUGUUUUCUUAAUGAACAGCAAUGCAAUGGAGGUGACAGUUCAGCCUGCACCAGCAGUAACAUAUAGAACAAUUGGUGGAAUUCUUGAUUUCUACGUUUUUGUUGGAAAUAACCCUGAAGAAGUUGUUAAAGAGUAUCUGGAGCUGACUGGUAGACCAGCAAUGCCAGCAUAUUGGUCACUUGGCUUUCAUCUUUCUCGUUGGGGUUACACUAAUCUAACUGAUGUUGAAGAUGUUGUUAAACGGAACCGGGAAGUCGGCAUACCAUAUGAUGUCCAGUUCACUGAUAUUGACUACAUGGAGAAUAAGAAGAUCUUUACCUAUGAUCCAAGUAAUUUUGGUAGACUUCCUGAGUUUGCUGAUGAUUUACAUGCUCAUGGACAACGUUACAUCAUCAUACUGGAUCCAGCAGUAGCUACAAGUCCUAGAAUCUCUGGUCCUUACGGGGCAUAUGAUAGAGGAUCCGCUGCAGGUGCAUGGGUCAAUGAGGCUGAUGGGAAAACACCAGUAAUUGGAGAAGUCUGGCCAGGAGAAACAGUUUAUCCAGAUUACACUAAUCCAGCAUGCAUAAACUGGUGGGUUGAUGAGAGCUAUAGAUUCUAUCAAGAAGUGAGCUAUGAUGGAAUUUGGAUUGAUAUGAAUGAAGUUUCUAAUUUUGUUCAAGGUUCCAGUAAGGGCUGUGAAGAAAAUAAUUUGAAUUAUCCACCAUUUACACCAAGUAUUAUUGACGGUCUUAUGUAUUCUAAAACCCUCUGUAUGGAUGCAAAGCAGACAUGGGGAAACCACUAUGAUGUCCAUAGUCUCUAUGGCUAUUCAAUGACAUUAGCAACAGAAAAAGCUAUUGAACGUGUCUUUGGUAACAAAAGAAGCAUGAUUUUUACACGUUCUUCUUUCUCUGGAACUGGAAAAUAUUCAGGCCACUGGCUUGGUGAUAAUGCUGCUAACUGGAAUGAUAUAAAAUGGGCUAUCCCAGGAAUGCUGGAAUUUAACUUAUUUGGAAUGCCUUAUAUUGGUGCAGAUAUUUGUGGAUUUUUUGAUGAUACCACUGAAGAGCUUUGUAGGAGAUGGAUGCAGGUUGGAGCGUUUUAUCCCUUUUCUAGAAAUCACAAUGCUGAGAAUUAUGUACAUCAGGACCCUGCUUCAUUUGGUGCCGACUCACUCUUGGUGAAAACUUCCAAGCAUUACCUAAACAUCCGUUACAGUUUGCUACCAUAUUUAUACACACUUUUUUUCUAUGCACAUACCAGAGGAGAUACAGUUGUACGUCCAGUUCUUCAUGAGUUCUUUACAGAUGACAAUACAUUUGGAGUGGACCGUCAGUUCCUUUGGGGUCCUGCUUUUCUUAUAACUCCUGUCUUGGAUGCUGGAACUGACACAGUAACAGCCUAUAUCCCUGAUGCAGUGUGGUAUGAAUAUGAAACGGGUGAAAAAAUCAUAAAGAGAAAAACUGAAGUAAAGAUGUAUCUUCCAGCUGAUAAAAUUGGACUUCACCUUAGAGGAGGUUAUGUCCUCCCUACGCAAAAACCAAAUGUCACAACAGAAUACAGCCGAAAAAAUUCCAUGGGACUUAUAAUUGCACUGGAUGAGAAUGGAAAGGCAGAAGGAAGCUUAUACUGGGAUGAUGGAGAAUCAAGGGAUGCAAUAACAAAAGAGGUGUACAUUCUGUACAAUUUUACUGUUUCUUCUAGUCGGCUAUCAAUGCAAGUGGUGAAGAAUGGGUAUAAGGACCCUAACAGCCUGCGAUUCGAAGAGAUUAAGAUCCUUGGACUUCAACAUCCCAUAACGGCUGCAGAUGUGACAGAAGAAUCUGGUCCAGUUAUUAAUCUCUCUAAGGAUCAAAUGCAGUUUGAUAGAAACUACAAGGUUGCCCUUCUCAGUGGCUUACAGAUUAAUCUUGGAAGUAAUUAUGUUGUGACAUGGACCAGUGCCCAAGAAGAUAAAGACAUUGUUGAUUCUGAAAAGCUUGACUGCUUCCCUGAAGAAGGAGCAAAUGAAGCUAACUGUGUAAAACGAGGCUGCAUAUGGUUGGUAAGCAAGUCAUGUAAGACACCAGCGUGCUUUUACCCUUCAACGUAUGGAUAUUCAUUGGUUGAGUACCAGAUGCAAUCUACAGGGAUAACUGCUACAGUUGCAUCUAGCACCAAAUCUCGAUUUGAUCCUGAGUAUCCAAGAAUCACACCAUUGGCAGUGGAUGUCACAUUUCUUGCAAAUCAUAUGGUUCGAUUCAAGAUUUAUGACAAGAAUAAUAAAAGAUAUGAAGUCCCUGUCCCACUUGAUAUCCCAGAAACCCUUGCAGCUGAUGAACGUGAAAGGCUCUAUGAUGUCAGUAUCAGAGAUCAGCCUUUUGGAAUUGUAAUAAGAAGAAAAAGCACUGGAACUGUAAUUUUUGACUCUCAACUUCCUGGUUUCACCUUUACUGACAAGUUUAUUGAAAUUUCCACACGCCUGCCUUCUGAAUACCUUUAUGGCUUUGGAGAGAAUGAGCAACCUACUUACCGACAUAUGAUGAACAGAGACACAUAUGGCUUGUUUGCAAAAGACCAGCCUCCUGAAGAAAGAAUGAACAGUUAUGGUGUCCAUCCAUUUUAUAUGGGUCUUGAAGAAGAUGCAAAUGCUCAUGGUGUGUUCUUAUUUAACAGCAAUGCAAUGGAUAUAUCUUUCCUUCCUACACCAGCUGUGACAUAUCGUAUUAUUGGAGGAAUUCUGGACUUUUUUGUGUUUUUAGGCCCUACACCAGAAAUUGUUGUGCAACAAUACACAGCACUUAUUGGACGCCCUGUUCUACCAGCUUACUGGUCUCUGGGAUUCCAGCUCUGCCGUUAUGGAUAUGCAAAUUAUUCUGAAAUAUCUGACUUAUAUGAUGAUAUGGUUAAGGCUGGCAUUCCAUAUGAUGUGCAGUACGCAGACAUUGAUUACAUGGAGCGCCAGAUGGACUUUACAAUUGGAGAAUCAUUUCAAGGAUUUCCAAAUCUGAUUGCUAGAAUGAAAAAGGAUCACAUGCGAAUAAUCAUCUUACUGGACCCAGCAAUUGCAGGAAAUGAAACAGAACCCUAUCCAACAUUCACAAGAGGAGUAGAGCAAGAUGUAUUCAUCAAGUUUCCUAACAGUAAUGACAUAGUGUGGGGAAAGGUUUGGCCUGACUUUCCAAAUGUUACAGUAAACACUUCAGUUGGUUGGGACGAGGAAGUCAGGCUGUACAGAGCCUAUGCAGCUUUUCCUGACUUUUUCCUUAAUCGAACUAACGUUUGGUGGAAAAAUGAAAUAAAAGAGUUUUACAACAAGACGAAUGUAACCUUUGAUGGCUUAUGGACAGACAUGAAUGAGCCAGCCAGCUUUGUACAUGGCUCAGUAAAUGGAUGUCGAGACCAAAAACUGAAUGAGCCUCCUUAUAUGCCAGAAUUGCAUGAAAAACACAUGAAACUGUACCACAAGACCUUAUGCAUGGACAGUCAACAGUACUUGCCAGAUGGUACCCCAGUAUAUCAUUAUGAUGUACACAAUCUAUAUGGCUGGACCCAAGCCCAGUCAACACUUGAGGCACUGUAUGAAACAACUGGCCAGAGAGGAGUUGUAGUAACUCGGUCAACAUAUCCUAGUAGUGGGAAAUAUCUAGGACACUGGCUUGGAGACAACAAGGCUACAUGGGAUCAGUUGGCCAAAUCUAUAAUUGGUAUGAUGGAGUUUAGCCUUUUUGGAAUUUCAUAUACUGGAGCAGAUAUUUGUGGCUUUUUCAUGGAUACAACAUAUGAGUUGUGCUUGCGGUGGAUGCAUCUAGGAGCUUUUUACCCUUAUUCCAGAAAUCAUAAUUCAAUAGAUCGAAUUAGACAAGACCCUGUUGCAUUUAAUGAGACAUUUGCUGAGAAAAGUAAAGAUGUCCUCAAUGUCAGAUAUACCUUGUUACCGUACCUCUACACACUAAUGUAUGAAGCACAUGCACACGGCAGUACUGUUGUGCGCCCGUUGUUACAUGAGUUUACUGAAGAUAGAGGCACCUGGAAUAUAUACAAACAGUUUCUCUGGGGACCAGCAUUGCUCAUAUCACCUGCACUGGAUGAGGGUGCUACUGUUGUUGAAGGCUACUUCCCUGAUGCACUUUGGUAUGACUAUUUUAACCGUUCUGUUAUCAGUGUUAGAAAGGGUAAUCUCACAAUGCCUACUCCACUUGAUAAAAUCAACCUCCAUAUCAGAGGGGGAUAUAUUAUUCCAGUGCAAGACCCAGCUAAAAAUACGUACUACAGUCGACAAAAUCCAAUGAGACUAAUAGUUGCUUUGGAUGACAAUGGUUCAGCACAAGGUCAACUUUUCUGGGAUGAUGGACAAAGUAUUGAAACAUAUGAAAAAGGUGAUUACUACUUGGGAAACUUCAAACUGGAGAAGGUAUGUGCCACAAUUUAA